UUAUCACAGCCCGAUCUCAGUUGACUCAGUAUACCUAAAAGUGUCAUAUAGAUAUAAUAUAUAGACAACAGCAGAAAUUAACCGGAUAAGGAUGUAACUAAUUUGUCAGAUAUGAAAAAGUUCAACAGUCUACCAUCAAAAAAGAUACAAUAAUGCUGUGGGCGUUAUUGCUUAUUCCUUUUGCUUCUACAUAUUGGAUAAAUAGAUGCCCAAAUAUAUGUGUAUGCGAUAGUGGAAUAAUAAACUGUCAAGAUCUGGAUCUUAAUGAGUUACCUGAGGAAAUCGAUAAAAAUGUGACCGAUUUAGAUUUAUCAAUAAACGAUCUGCGAAGAGUUCCAUCGGAAAUAAAGACGUUUUUAUACCUGAGAUAUUUGAAUUUAUCUCAUAAUAGGAUUUCGACGCUGAUGUCGACGGACUUUUCCAACCUGAAAAAUUUGGAAACUUUGGAUUUGUCAUUCAAUUUGUUCCACGACUGGAGAGAUAUUCAUUCCAGCAGCUUUCGCAGCACACUCAAUUUAAAAUGGUUGGAUUUUUCGAGCAAUCCUUUACGAAGUAUUAAUAAUCAAUCAAACCACUUGAACAUAAAGUCAUUAAUAAUACUCCGAUUAACAAACUGUUCCAUGAUAACAAUACCAGUGCCGGUAUUUAAUCGACUGAUCAAUUUAAGAGAGCUGCAUUUAUCAGCCAACCCUAUCGUCAGUAUAAACGAAAGUUUCCAGUUAAACGAUUUAAGGUUCGUGGAUUUGAGCCGGUGUUCUUUGAAUCAUAUCGACGAGAACGUGUUCACAAACCUAGUCAAUUUAGAGGCGCUUAAUUUGAGACAAAACAGUCGCCUAAAACGGGUUUUGUGUCACUCGGAACACAUAACUCACUUGGACUUAUCCGAGUGCAUUUUAGAGCGAGUUCCUACGGGUCGCUUGGGAAAAGUUAAAACCCUCGACCUGUCCACGAACUACAUCAAGACGAUUCCUGCCAACGGAUUCAAGAACUUUGACAGCUUAGAGGUGCUGAACCUCUCCACGAAUGCCAUCACGGCGAUUGACGAGAAAGCCUUCCAAGACUUAAACGAGGUGAGAAGCAUCGAUUUGUCCUUCAACAAAUUAACUGCCCUGAGCGAGAAUUUGUUCUCCAACAACACCGCGCUGCUCAAUCUAAAUUUGUCUCAUAAUUACAUCCGGGUUCUUGACAACAUUAACAGCGGCUCCUUGAAGAUGCUCAUAGUAAAUUAUUGCGAGAUACAUGAGAUGAAUAAAUAUAGCUUGAUGUCUCUUCCUAACCUAGUCACAUUGUUUAUGUCGAGAAACUUUAUCAGCUCGCUGCCCGAUGGUCUUAUAGCCGACAAUUUGGGCAUUUUGGAUGUCAGCUCUUGCAGAAUCAAAUCCCUCAACAACAAAACAUUUGCCAAGAUGUUUUACUUGCGACAAAUUAACUUGGCAAACAACGCUUUGACACAUGUCGACCCCUCAUACUUCCCUCGAGCAUUCAACGUCAUUAUCAACGACAACCCCUGGAGGUGCGACUGUCCCAACCUCAAGAGGAUGUUUGAGUGGGUAACAGUGUACGAAUCCGAACAGCGGGACGAUCUAAUCUGUGAUUCCCCCGAAAAAUACGCGGGAAAGAGUUGGCAGGAAGCCUGCACAGAGCAGUGGUAUCCCAGUCACGCAGCAAGAGAAACCAUGUGGUACUAUUCGGUAACAAUCAUCGCUUUGAUGGUUGUCGCUUUGUUCGGUGUGAUCAUUCUCCGAAAGAUCAAAGACAUUAAGGAAGAAAGGCUUCGAGCUGAGAACGAGGCACGUAGGACCGAGGAGAGAGAAACCUUGCGAAUGAUGCAGGAACGGGCCCGCGAACAGCAGGAAGAAGAAGACAGGAAUGCUCCCGAUCCCAGGGAACUUCAGAGGCCCCCAUCGUACACCGAAGCCAUGCUUCUCCCCCCAAUAAAUGCUUCCCAGCCUAAUUUGGCUGGAAGCUUGCACAGCCUGGCCUCUAGGCCUAGCUUAGGGGGGAGCAAUCCCGAACUGUCAAAAAAGAGAAGGAAAAGACUGAGAAGAAAAUCUGAAGAAGAAAGGCGAGCUUCCAGAAUGACCCUGGACUCGGAUUCUUCAGGGGAUAACGCACCUCCACGAAGAAGACCGCCGCCUCCUGGUGCGCCUUUGGAAAGCGAUUUCUAGAAUGCUCACAAAUUGUUAUUCUGCAGGAACAUCCAGACGUAUGACUGAAUGGUUCAAAUCAAUUUUUAAACCAAAAAAAACUAAUACUAAUUACGCGUGUUCUGUAUGUAUCUAAAAGAAGUUUUUGUAGUGUACCUCUAUUUUUAAGUUAUUUUUAAUAUUGUUGUUAUGUUGUAACCCUGAGCGGAAGGGUUGUGGAUUUUCCAAGUAAACACUUUGUAAGACUUUUAAAAUAUUAUUUUAUUUAAAAUAAAAUAUUUAAACUGAA